AUGGAGGCUCUCCGUCUAAAGCCACCACAGGGACAACCACUCCUCCGCCCAAACCGCUCCAAAUUCGCCCCACAAAUUCUCACUAGACCUCACUACGACCCCAACAAAGCAAUCAAGCCGUUCCUCAAUGCCACCCUAUCAAAACACGUGGCGGAGAUCCGUCCAAUGCCAACUUCAUCAUCUUCCUCCUGCGAUAAUCCCUUAGGGUCCUCCACUAUUUCUUCGCCUCCAUCUCCUGCAAAGAAAGUCUCUGCCAAUUCUCUGCAGUACCCCUCCGGUUACUUGGGUGCCGUACCUGAGCGUACGUUUAAGGAUGGCGAUAAUGAGAGUAUAGAAAAUGCAAUGGGGUAUUUGACGAAUAUAUUGUCGUCAAAGGUGUAUGACGUAGCGAUUGAAUCUCCACUGCAGUUGGCACCUAAGCUGUCUGAGAGAUUAGGAGUCAAGAUUUGGCUCAAGAGAGAGGAUUUGCAGCCGGUCUUUUCGUUUAAACUGCGUGGAGCUUACAAUAUGAUGGCAAAACUUCCAAAGGAACAGCUGCAAAGAGGAGUUAUCUGCUCAUCAGCUGGAAAUCAUGCCCAAGGUGUUGCAUUAGCCGCUAAAAGAUUAGGUUGCGAUGCUGUGAUUGCUAUGCCUGUUACUACACCUGAAAUUAAGUGGCAAUCUGUUGAGAGGGCCAAAGAAGAGGCUCGGACAUUCAUACCUCCUUUUGAUCACCCAGAUGUUAUCAUGGGACAGGGAACUGUUGGGAUGGAAAUUGUACGUCAAAUGCAAGGUCCGUUGCAUGCAAUCUUUGUGCCUGUGGGGGGUGGUGGCUUAAUAGCUGGUAUUGCUGCUUAUGUAAAGAGGGUUAAUCCCGAGGUUAAGAUCAUUGGAGUGGAACCGUCUGAUGCAAAUGCUAUGGCACUGUCGCUACAUCAUGGUGAGAGAGUGACGCUGGACCAAGUUGGAGGUUUUGCAGAUGGUGUGGCUGUUAAAGAAGUUGGAGAAGAAACUUUCCGAUUAUGCAGGGAAUUGGUAGAUGGUGUAGUUCUUGUGAGCCGUGAUGCAAUUUGUGCGUCAAUAAAGGAUAUGUUUGAGGAGAAAAGGAGCAUUUUAGAGCCAGCAGGUGCUCUUGCCCUUGCUGGGGCUGAAGCAUAUUGCAAGUAUUACGGUGUCAAGGGUGCAAAUGUUGUAGCAAUAACGAGUGGGGCAAAUAUGAACUUUGAUAAACUGAGGGUUGUGACUGAACUUGCUAAUGUUGGUAGGCAACAAGAAGCUGUGCUUGCAACUGUUAUGCCAGAGGUCCCGGGGAGUUUCAAACAUUUUUGUGAACUGGUAGGGCCUAUGGAUAUCACUGAGUUCAAAUACAGAUCUAAUUCUGAAAAGGAUGCUGUUGUUCUGUACAGUGUUGGCCUUCACACAGCCUCUGAACUUGAAGCAAUGAAGCAGCGGAUGGAAUCUUCUCAACUAAAAACUUACAAUCUAACAGCAAGUGACUUGGUCAAAGAUCACCUGCGUUAUUUGAUUGGUGGCAAAAUAAAUGUUCCGAAUGAGGUUCUUUGUCGUUUUGUAUUCCCAGAAAGGCCUGGUGCUUUGAUGAAGUUUUUGGAUUCUUUCAGUCCACGCUGGAACAUUAGCUUGUUCCAUUACAGAGGGCAGGGUGAAACUGGUGCAAAUGUCCUGGUUGGAGUCCAGGUUCAACAGAGUGAGAUGGACGAAUUCCGUAAUUGUGCCAACCACCUUGGAUACGAUUAUGUCGUUGUAACUGAUGACAAUGACUUCCACCUUCUGAUGCAUUGA